AUGGACACAGUGAUGUGUAGUGAAACCUCAAUCUAUACGAAUAUACGGUCUACCUCGGCACUGAUGCGCGCCCUCAAGGACAACAUCAUCGAGACGGUGAUUGUCGUGCCUUAUGAACGAAUGAUAGCAAAGAAAAGGCGGGCAGAUGAAGAACACCUCAGAAGACUGCGAGCAGAGACUAGUGCUUCAUGGCAUGCACGUCUCCCCGACCCAAGAGCAGAGACGGAUGAUGCCUUCGACAUCGGCUCAACUGCCAACAUAUCACUCCAGCAACAAUCGCUCUUCUUCGGAAAGCUACCUCUGGAGCUGCGAAGGCUCGUAUAUGCCUAUGUUAUGGACAAAGAAGAACUUCAGCUUGAGCUUUGUGAAGAUGGAGACAGGCGUGUCCCGUUCCAGACGAGAUGUGGUCAAGCACAAGAGCUUUUGAGAUUUCCAAAGUCGUGUAAGAUGGCAUACAUCGAGGCGAAAGAAUACAUUUACACAUGCAAUACAUUUCGAAUUCCCAACCUUACAGCAUAUUUCUGCCUGCAUCGCCUGCUUUCGCCCCGUCUAUUCCAGACAAUCCGUUCCGUAAGACUGAGAUGGGCAUACGAAGAGACAUGGAAGAUGAUUCACUUCCUUGAGGGCGAUCCACCUUACAAUACCUCGUCCUGGCCACUAAUGUGGUCCGAGAUCUCGAAAAUGGAAGGACUGGGGUAUUUGAGAAUAGACAUGGUGAUCUGGGCACCGUGUAUUGAUGCUGCAUAUGAGCAUGUUCUGUUAACACCAUUGAGUAUUGCAGAUGUACAAGAAUUGCUAGAAUUUGAGGUAUAUGCUAGUUGGUAUCAGGACGGAUAUCUCCAAGCAGAGAAUAGUGGAAAGACAUGGCCUUUCAAGAUUACACGAGGCAUGGGGUAUCACAAGAACGAAACGUAGUCGUCGUGAUCGCAUGCUUUAGUUUCAGUGGAGACGACUGCCAGUAUGAACAUCAUGCUCAUGUAUGUAGAUAGCAUCUGAUCUUGGGAGAAGCCAGCGUGCUCAGCUGUGAUAGCUUACGUGGUGUUGCGUGCGGCACUGGGUAAAUUUGGCGGGGUCGGUUUCAUGACUGCAGAUGUUGUACUCCGAUGCAGGCUACCUAGGUACAGUACAUGCAGUGCGUUAGGAGUGGUUACACAGCAUUCGGUGAUAAGCAAUCGAUGGUCAGUGUAGAAGUUACUAGAUAUGGUGUUUUCCGUCUGCUCCUGAGGUCGGUAGGAAAAGGAAGCCUGGUGUCGCGAUUUCGAACAAAAAAGAAUAGUCAUUUACUUUUCAAUCAGACUGUUGUUAGUAUCCCGGGGCCAUGUCUCAGUAGAGUAAAUC